GGUCCAAGGUUAGUAAAAUUAUGCGAAAUUUUUGCACGUUCUUCUAUUUUUUACACCUUACAUUCUAAGAAAAAAAUUAUCCUUUAGUUCCAGGACUAUUGAUCAAUGUAUCCGUAGCUUCUGAUGGAACUGUAUGGGGAGUAAGCAGAAAUAGAGAUAUUUUUAAAUGGAAUGGCAAAGACUGGAUUCAAAUUGGGGGGAAGCUUAAACAAAUAUAUACUAGCAGCGAAUCCUCAGUUGUUGGUAUUGGUAUCAAUAAUAAUGUUCUUCAAUAUAAAGAUGGUCAAUGGCUCCAAUAUAAGGAUAUUAUACUUGAAAAUGUCGCAAUUUCUAUCGAUAAUAAUUUGUGGGGCAUUGAUUCCAUGGAAGAGAUUUAUAUGUUCCAACCGAAUUCUACUACUUCUCCUUUGACGCCUACUUCAACUAGUCCGACUACUAGUUCGACAGUAACCAUCAAUCCAGGAUAUCCGGCUGGAGCGAUAAUAGGGUUGUCUGUGGGACUUGGUUUAGCACUAAUAAUCUGCGGUGCGACAAUUUUAUUUAUUAUUCGGCGUUAUAAGAAAACCAAAUUUCCCGAAGUUUCAGGCUUUUCCGAAGUAGUUCGCCAAUAGUAUACCUAUACAGUCUUAU